AUGAGUUAAUCAUAACAGCUAACCAAAGAAAUGCAUGACUUAAUCAAGUCUAUAGGUGAGACUCGUUCUAAGCAAGAAGAAGAUAAAAUCAUCCUUGCUGAAUAAGCCAAAUUGAAGGUUUCAAUUAAAGAUUAAUCGCUUUCAACUCGUAGAUAGAAGGAAAAUUUGAUCAAAGCAAUUUAUAUUGAAAUGUUAGGACACGAUGCUAGUUUCGCACAUUUCAGCGCAGUUUAAAUGGCUCAAUCAAAAAGUCUUUAAAUGAAGAGACUUGGUUAUUUAACUUGCUGUCUCUUUUUGAAUGAAUAAAGUGAUCUUCUCAUUCUUCUUGUUGCAAAUUUGUAAAAAGAUCUGUAAUCUAAAAACAUCCACGAAGUCGUAAUAGCCUUAACUGCAUUAGGAAAGUUAAUGAACAAGACUAUUUUACAAGGUGUCUUAGAUUUGAUCAUAAAAUUGUUAAUACAUCACACUGAUUUGGUAAGAAAGAAAGCUAUCAUGGUAUUACAAAGAAUUCACAACAUUUCUCCUGAUUCAAUUCCUGAUUACGAUGAUAAAAUGCGCCGUGCUCUUUGCGAUUUCGAACCUUCAGUUAUGGGAGUUGCCCUUAAUCUUUACCUUGAAGCUGUUAAGGAAGAUCCCACUAAAUACAAAGAAUCAGCAGGCUCUUUUGUUUUAAUUUUGAAAUAAGUUAUUGAACACAAAUUACCUCGUGAGUUCGACUAUGCUCGUAUUCCUGCUCCUUGGAUCUAAAUCAAAAUUUUAUAGAUCCUAUCUAUAUUAGGUAAAAAGGACUAAAAGGUAUCAGAAUAAAUUUAUGAAAUUUUGGGAUAGGCUCUUCGUAGAAGCGAUGAUUCAGGAAGCAAGAUAGGAUUUGCAGUUACUUACUAAUGCGUUAAGACUAUUGCUACUAUCUAUCCCUAUUAAAGUCUCCUCGAAUAAGCUGCUUCUGCUGUUUAAAGAUUUUUAACUGCUGAAAAUAACAAUUUGAAGUACUUGGGUAUAAAUGCUCUCAUUUCAAUCGUUUAGGUAAAUGCUGCUUAUGUCCAUGAGCAUUAAUUAAUCAUUAUUGACUGCUUAGAAAGCAAUGAUGAAACUUUGAAGAAAGAGACUAUGGAACUCUUAUAUAAAAUGACUAAUGUUAAGAAUGUAGAAGCUAUAGUUGGUAGACUAAUUGUAUUCUUGAAAACAAGCUCUGAUCCUUUCUUCAGAAGAAAUUUAGUAAACAAAAUUACUUCCUUGGCUGAUAGACAUUCUCCAAGCAAUGAAUGGUUCUUAAAAACUAUGAAUCUCGUAUUUGAGUACGGUAGUGAGUACAUCAGCAGCGAUAUUUUGAACACCUUCUUAAAAACUUUGAAUGAAAAUUUCUCCGCAAGUGGAGUCUAAUUUGGUACUUACUUGAUUGAUACUUACUUAGAAACAAUUAAGAAACCCAAUCUCUCUGACGUAACCUUUUAAAUGAUCGCUUGGGUUUUUGGUGAAAUUGGUGCUGCAACUUAUGGUAACGAUGAAACUUAACUUUAAAAGUUGAUUGAAUGCUUGCUUGAAUCUAUCACAAAUGAUUUUGAAAAUACUUCAACUAGAGGAUGGUUCUUGAAUGCUUUAGCUAAAUUAUCUUCUUGCUCUGCUUUCAAUAUGCAAGAAUAAGUAGCUGCAUGUCUCGACUAUUAUGGGGAAUCUCGCUGUUUAGAAGUAUCUUCUAGAUCUACAGAAUAUAAGAUUCUUUCAAAGUACAAUGCUGCUUUGAGAUAAUCUUCUGCUAUUAAAGUUGAUACCAAGUUAAACUUCCUUAACGAUUUUAUUGAAAGAUCUGUUAGAAACGGAGCACCUCGUUUUAAUUCUAACAAAAUUAUACAAGCUGUUAUGAGCAACGAUAAAGCAUUAAACUUUGCACCUGUUGAUUCAAGACACACUGCAAAAUCAGAUUAAGAAGAAGUCUUAAAAUUAACCAAUAAUAAGGCUAAUCCUUGGGGUUAAGAAGGAUUUGUUUAACCUGAAUAACCUGCCAAGGCUCCUAUCUAAAAAGAGGCUGAGAAAGGACAAAAGUCUUUUUCUAAUAAAGAUUACCCAAGCGGACCAUACAUACCUGGCACAGAUAUAUGGAAAAAUAAAGAGCAAGAUAAACCAAAUAGCAAUCCUACUCCUCCUCCUCCUAAAAAAGUUGAACCUGAAGAUACCAAAAAGAAGCAAUAAACUAAAAUGGCAGAGAUGUUUUUCGGUGGAAUUACAACUACUGGUCCCGCAGCAACCAACACAACUACCACAACAAAGCCUAUUGUGUAUUAAAACACUAAUCCUUAUGGCUAAACUCCUUCAGUCAAUAAUUAGGCAAUUAAUUUACUUGAAGAUGAUGAUUUACCUUCUUUCACUUCUCAAAAACCAGCUGGUCCAUCUUUCACUCCCAUAAACAUCAAUGUUGAAUAAUAUGAAAAUUAUUGGGAAUAAUUUAGAUUUGAAGAAAACUAAGAUAUUAAGAGCAAUAAAGUUAAAACAGAAUACGAAUUCAGAAAUAUGCUAACUAAUAUUGGAAUUGGUGUUGUUGAAGUUGAUAACAAUGAAUUAAUUUGUGCAGGUAAAAACAUCAGUUCAUAAAAUAUCAUGCUUUUGUAUGGAUCCUACACUGCAUUAGGAAAUCUUUCAAUCACAAUGAAGUCUAAUUCUAAGCAAGAAAUUGAUUAAAUAUUUAAUACUAUCAAAACCAGAUUUGUUUGA